AUGUCUCUCUGGCGACAAGCAGGUUUAAGUUAUUUGAAAUAUUCUGAAAUAGCUGCGCAAACACUACGUAAAUGUGUUAAAGUGAGUUUUAUUCAUGAUUUCAAGUCAUUUUGUUUCCUCAUUAUUCGAAUAACAAAGUGGGUGGAUGGUAAGCCAGUUGGCAAGAAUAGUUAA